GCAUAGAGGUACGUAAUGGGGGGGGGGGGGGUCAGUACAGAAAGAAGACGUGGAGAUCCGUGCAUGACGCGUAUUUUUUCUUUCUAGUUCAGUGGCCGCACUGAUAUGAUCUAUAUGCCUAUGAUUUUAUCACGAAUAUGGCACAAAGGGAACCAAACAAUCGACCCAGAUUCUACAAACGAUACCUGGACGAUGGAGAAACGAAUAUGCCGUACACUACAAUGCGUCGUCGGAGAAAUCACCUGGAAUUCAUGGAGCCUGAUGUUGACCAGAAUCAUGAUCUACGUCAGCCGGUGGCCAUGCAGCCCCCCAACCGUAACGCUGGCACCGAGGCUGAGGGCACUGGCGAUGCGGAUGGGGAGCAAGAGGUUGAUGACAUGACGGUCAUGGACGAAGAACAUCUCAUGAUGCGGGAAGAGGCUCUCCUGGUACAAAAUGUAGCCGAACCACAACAUGGGGAGGAUGCUGAAUCUGAUGUGAAUUCAAAUGAAGAUGCAGAUGAAGAAGUUCCACCUGGUAACCCAGAAGAGCAUAUCCAUGGAUUGAAUUUUCUAGGUGGGGAUCAGCAAAUCUCAAGUGAAGGAAGUGACAUGAAAAAAAUUGAUUCACUAUUGAUGGUUUUGAGUUAUGCUGUCAAGCACCACUUAUCUGGAGUGGCACUUCAGGAUUUGAUUGAAUUAAUCAAUCUGCACUGUCCAAACACUUUGCCAUCUUCAAAGUAUCUGUUCCACGGUACACUUACAGAUUACAAGGGACUGUGUCAAUUUCAUUUUUACUGCAAAUGUAAAAUGUACAUUGGAUGUGGUGAUGAUAUACAGUUCAUCUGCAAUGAAUGUGGUGCAGAAUUCAGUAGGGAGGAGAGCAUCAAAGGGGGGCAAUUUUUUAUUGUCCUUCCUCUAGCACAGCAAUUACAUCAUUUAUUGCAGUAUACUGAAGUUGGAGACACUAUCCUCAACAGGGAUCUGAAGAUUGAUGCUUCAGAUGAAGAUGAUCUAACUGAUAUAACAGAUGGUGUCAAGUAUAGAGAGAUGAAGAAGGAUGGCUUACUCGCUAACCCUGAAAAUUUCUCUCUGCUUUGGAACUCAGAUGGGGUACCGAUUUUUAAAUCUUCUCAAACUUCCAUCUGGCCUGUUCUGGUGAUGAUCAAUGAACUGCCGAUAAAGAUGAGACGAAAGAAUAUCAUGUUGACGGCACUUUGGUUUGGCGAGUCUAAACCAGAGAUGUCAGUUUUCCUGAAGCCCUUCAUAGAUGAGUGUCAGAAGCUGUCCAUCGAAGGUCUCUCAUGGAAGAUGGGACAAGAUGAAAAGAUAUCCAAGGUGUUUUCACUUGUAUGCACAACAGAUUCUGUUGCUAGACCACUGCUGCAAAACACAACACAGUUUAAUGGAUUUUUUGGUUGUGGCUUCUGUAAGCAGAGAGGAGAGUAUACCGAUGGAGCUGUGAGAUACCCAUAUAUGGAUCCACCACCUCCAAAGAGAAAAGAUCAAGAGACCAAACACACUAGUCUAUUAGCCCAAGAAUCAGGGAGAGUGAUUGAAGGGGUAAAGGGGGUUAGCAUUGUCUCCUUAUUGACGUAUUUCAACAUUGUAUCAGGUUUUAUAGCAGACUAUAUGCAUGCAGUGUGUUUAGGUACAGUGAAAAGAUUUAUGACUAUGUGGAUCGAUCCCGCUAAUAGACAAAAAGAGUGGUACAUUGGCCGCUUAAAACAAGAGAUUGACAAGAGAUUGAGAAAUGCUAAAGUGACUAAAGAGGUUUCUAGACUGCCAAGACAUCUCAAGGAUUUGAAAUUCUGGAAGGCUAGUGAGUGGCGAACAUUUUUAUUCUUAUCUCCAGUUAUACUGAGUGGCAUCCUUCCAGUGACUUACCUAGCACAUUGGUCUUUACUUGUGUGUGCAAUCUAUAAUCUUAACCAAGCAAGGAUUACCCAAAAUAGACUUGAACAGAGUGAGUUUUAUUUGAGGAAGUUUGUUUUGUUUACAGAGGCCCUAUAUGGUAAAAGAGAGGCAACAUUCAAUAACCAUUUACUGCUUCACCUUACUGAUAGUGUUAGAAACUGGGGGCCAUUGUGGGGUACAUCGGCUUUUGCCUUUGAGUCUUACAAUGGAUAUAUGAAGACAUUAUUUGCUGGCACAAGAUAUCUGCCACAACAGAUUUUUAAGUCUCUCUGUCACAUCCAGGACUUAUCUAGAAAUUUGCAAUUCAUAAACUCUCCUGAAGCUAUGUUGUAUGUUACAAGAAUGUUGACGGGUAAUCACUGUGUCAAAUAUGCAAGAACAUUUUUAGAUGAAGGUCAUAACAUCACUUGUAUUGGAAGAGGAAGAGUGCUUAAUCUUUCAGAACGAUUCAAACGUGCAAUCCAGGAGUAUCUUGGAGUUGAAAUGAUAGUUGACUCUGUUAGAUGUUUUGAGAAGUUUGUGUACAGAUAUUCUCUAUAUACUUCCAAAGCUUAUUCAAGUAAAUUCAGAAGAAACAACUCAAUUAUUUCUUUAGGGAAAAAAAUUUGUGAAAUAUUGUACCUUGUAACCUUUAAAAACCAUGACUGUCAAAGUGAUGUGCAAUGUCAAUGUGAAGAACACAUAAUUAUAUUAGUUGAAACUCUAGCAUCAGAGGGAAAGCUGAUAUUGAAGCAAGGUGAUGAACUUGGAUGUACACUUUACUUUGUCAACAAAGUGUCAAAGGGACAUUGUGAGGCAUAUUCUUACAAGGAUAUCACAGGUAAAAACAUGUAUGUUAAAAUAGGGGGAACAGAGUAUGUAAUAUCAUUACCAAAUUUAAUUGAAGGUGAUUAAUUACAGUAACAGUACAUAUGGAAUGACACACAUGUCUUUGUAAGUUGAAUCCUCUGAUACUCCACAGAGUAUCAUGCAUCAUGUACAGUAUCAUGCAUCAAAUAAUGGGCAUUGGUUAGAGACCAU